AUGUCUACAACAUCCACCAACAGUUAUAGUCUUGAUAAUCUUGACUUUAAGACAAAUCAGUCAUUCUUGAGUACGGCAUCGAAUGCUCCAUCUCAAUAUUGGAAUGACUUGAGUCAGUCGGGCGAGGGCAUGAUGUCCAAGAUCUCUGGCAAGAUAUCAGGUGCUGUAGGUGGUACAAAGAAAGAGGAGCCAACCUUUUACGAAGAGGUACAACAACAGACUUCAUUCUCAUAUAUGCAACGUAUCAUUAUAUUCGUUAUAACAUUGGGAUUGGGCAUUGCCUUCAUUGCCAUGUCAACAUUCUUCAUAUUUGCACCAAAGACAUUCGCCAAGUUGUAUACACUUGGUAGUCUUUGUGUCAUUCUAGGCCUUGUGAUAUUGGUCGGUGUAAAGAAACAACUUGAGAACAUCACAUCAUCUAAAGAGCGUCUAUACUCAUCGCUUAUCUACUUAUGUUCAAUCUUUGGUACUCUAUAUUGUGCACUGAGUCUUCAAUCAACUAUAUUAACAAUGAUGAUGGUUAUAUUCCAGUUCGUGGCAGUCAUAUGGUAUUCAUUGUCUUAUAUUCCAUUUGGACAGGCACUGAUACAAAAGGUUACUGGUGGACUAUUAUCAUACUUUGUAUCAUCUUGA